UUCAUCUUUCUCUGACCCUCCUUUUCAGAUACCACUCACGACUCUCCGACUUGCCUCUAUAUCCUCGUAGGCGUUGGUUAUAUACCUCACUCGAUAGUCUGCGCGACCUCCACUCGAGGUACUAUUGGUCACGUUAAGCAAGAAGACCUACCGAACUUGCCAACUGAUAGAUCCACCCGUCAUGGUUUCCCUACGACUAUUACCUUGCCUUGCUGCCCUCGCACUCAGUCCAUUAUUAGUAUGUGCAGAUCUGGGUUCGUACUUUUCGUUCAUCCAACCAACGACCGGAACGGAGUGGGUGAAUGGGCAGGCCAAUCCUAUUCUCUGGGAGAAGGGCUUGUUGGAUGGCGUUGCGAUGUUCGACCUUGAGCUUGCACGUCUUAGUCAAGAUGGCCUUAUUAAAGCCGCGCUCAAUGUACCUGCGAACUCGGGACAUCUAAACGUCCUAAUCCAAGACGUACCAGCAGCAGACGACUACUACCUCCUCUUCAUCAACAGCACACACGGCGGGAUGUACGCCAUCUCACCACGCUUUACCAUCCUCUCUGCAGGCUCAACAGUGCAAAAUGCUUCAGCGAGCGCAAGUCCCGCUGCGAAGGACGCUACUACUCUAACGAUCUCCGGCGGUCCUAACCCAACUGCAGUGUUUGCUACGACAUUCCCAGCAAUUGAGAAUGGUGGUGUGCUGGCAGGGCGCUUCUUAAGUCCUGACGCGCGGAGUUCUGUGUUUGGUGUGCUGGGUGCUGGAUUUGCGGUUGUGAUGAGCGCUGUGUGGACUUUGUUAUAGAAUUAUUGAUAGAACGGACCUUUCGUGUUCUGACUUCCUUGUGUGUUUGCUUUCUUUCUCUACUCCAUUUUCUUCUUGGAUAAUUCGUCGUCGACCAUCAGGUAGGUAGAUAAUAUUCCCUCCUCCACUAUGUAUAUGUCGAUAUCCAACAUAUCCAACGUAUCCAAUAUUAACGUUUGGGUCCUGUGUCGCUCCUUUUUAUAUACUAUACCUACUACACUAUGCAUCACUACACCGCACUUUUAGCGCAUUUUACUGUUGUGUUUAUUUGCUAGCUAAUAAGUCUUGUGAUUACUGGUGUUACCAC